UGGAUAACAUUACCAUGGUGAUGGGACUACAUCCAGAGUACCUGACAAGCUUCUGGAAGACUCAGUAUCUCUUGUUGAGGAUGGAUGGGCCACUGCCGUAUCACAAGCGCCAUUACAUUGCGAUCAUGGUCCUGCUAAAAACUGGGGAAAACAGCUGGUCUCUAGCCGAACUCAUCCAGGCCCUGGUCCUGCUGACUCACUACCACUCGCUGGCCUCCUUCGUGUUUGGCUGUGGCAUCAACCUGGAGCUUGACCAGGAAGCUGGGCACAUCUUCCAGCCACCGUCGCCCCGCAGCUGCGACAGUAGCCCCAGCUCGGAAGAGGGGACAAACAGUUCUAAUGUAAGCCCCACUGAUGCUAUGGAGGAUGUGGAAAUGCUGAUGGAGAGGAUGAAACUUCUGCAGGAGAGCCAGCUUGAGGAGGAAGGUGUCACCCAGGAAGAGAUGGAGACCCGCUUUGAGAUGGAAAAAAGAGAGAGCCUGCUUGUGACUCCCUCAGGUGAGGCAAGGCCACCUCUGAAGAGAGGUGAGACUUCCACCCAUUCAGACUUUUAGUCAAACAACCUGGUGGAGAAUGACAUUGCUGAACACUCCCUGCCCCCCAAUGUUCUGUGCUUUGUGGAGGAUCCAGAGUUUGGCUACAAGGAUUUCACCAGGAGAGGAGAACAGACCCCUCCCACCUUCCGAGCCCAGGACUAUACGUGGGAAGAUCAUGGUUACUCGCUUAUCAACCGGCUGUAUCCUGAUGUGGGACAACUGUUGGAUGAGAAAUUCCAAGUGGUUUACAAUCUGACCUAUAACACCAUAGCUAUGCACAGUGGGGUGGACACAUCCAUGCUCCGGAGGGCUAUCUGGAAUUACGUCCACUGUGUCUUUGGCAUUCGGUAUGAUGACUAUGAUUACAGGGAAGUGAACCAGCUUUUGGAACGUAGCCUGAAGAUCUACAUUAAAACUGUGGCCUGCUACCCGGAAAAAACUACUAAAAGAAUGUAUACCCAUUUCUGGAGACACUUCAAACAUUCAGAAAAGGUGCAUGUCAAUCUGCUUCUUUUGGAGGCUCGUAUGCAGGCAGCCCUAUUGUAUGCUCUGCGUGCCAUCACCCGCUACAUGACCUGACUGGACUUGACU